GGGGCCGUAGCUGCAGCCGGAGCCUCAGCCCCAAGUCCGGGUGUGAGGACCUGACCAGACCCGCUCGGACCUGCAGCGCCCGGCUCCGCCACCCCGCUGCGCCCUCCGCUGCCCGCUGCCGAGUCGGCCGUCCCGCUGAGCUUUUGGGGAGCAAACUGCUCUCCCGCACCCGGAGUCCCAGAUGGCUUCAGUGACCGAUAGUAAAGCCGGGGUCAAAGAUGCCUCCGACCAGAAUUUUGACUACAUGUUUAAACUGCUCAUCAUCGGCAACAGCAGCGUUGGCAAAACCUCCUUCCUCUUCCGCUAUGCUGAUGACACCUUCACCCCAGCCUUCGUCAGCACUGUGGGCAUCGACUUCAAGGUGAAGACAGUCUACCGCAAUGAGAAGCGAGUGAAGCUGCAGAUCUGGGACACAGCGGGGCAGGAGCGGUACCGGACCAUUACCACAGCCUAUUACCGUGGGGCCAUGGGCUUCAUUCUGAUGUAUGAUAUCACCAAUGAGGAGUCUUUCAAUGCUGUGCAAGAUUGGGCUACUCAGAUCAAGACCUACUCCUGGGACAAUGCACAGGUUAUCCUGGUGGGAAACAAGUGUGACAUGGAGGAAGAAAGGGUUGUUCCUGCUGAAAAGGGCCGGCUCCUCGCAGAGCAACUUGGGUUUGACUUCUUUGAAGCCAGCGCCAAGGAGAAUAUCAGUGUGAGGCAGGCCUUCGAGCGCCUGGUGGAUGCCAUUUGCGACAAGAUGUCUGAUUCGCUGGACACGGACCCCUCCGUGCUGGGUGCCUCCAAGAACACCCGUCUCUCGGACACCCCGCCGCUGCUGCAGCAGAACUGCUCAUGCUAGGCAAGGCCCACCCUCCUGACCUCCCCUCAUUGUGGCCCCGCACUCUCUCUGCUUCCCCUGUUACACUCUGUCCACCCCAGCCCCGAGCCAGCUGCGUUGCUGCUGUUCUUUGCCUGCCUUGGAGGUGGAAGCGUGCCCGAGGGGUUCUCUGCAGAUGGCCCCACUCACAGACACUCAGCACUAGACUAACAGCCAGGUUGCAAUGUGGGUGCAGAUUUACAGAAGGAGACUCCAUUUUGCAAAGGGGAUUCACUACAGGGACUUGGAAAGCAAACCUCUUUUCUGCCUUUAGAAUAAGAUAUCCUCCAUUUACCAAAACUUGACACACACACACACACACUUGCCAGGGCCUGGCCGACUGUGUAAAGUGAGGCCCACCUGCAGCUAAUCCUAUUAAAGAAAACCUCCCCAUACACGACAUGCUUGUUUCAUAUCGGGCUCCCCUGUGGAGCUUCCUCACACUGCAAGUCAAGCUUCGCUCUGCAAGCCCUAAGUCUGUUACCACGGAUGCCCACAGGGCCUGGGCAGUUGCUGUGGUGACAGGCCAGACCUAAUCUCCAGAGAGCUCUGUAAUGAUGCUGAAGGAGCAAAGGCUGAGUCAGAAACACACUUAAAAGAAAAAGCUUAUUCCCUGAAAAAUGUCAAAGGUUCCUGCUAUAUGAAAGAGCAAGCCAAGAAAGAAAAAAGAGAAACACGGGCAAGAUAAAGAAGCAGGUCAUGAAUUUCUGAUUUUGCUGCUUUCCAGCUGGUUCAAAACUGUGGGAACUCUUUGAAAUUGGUCAUUGGUUCUUAAACCCCCAGAAUCUGAAAAAUUUAGAGUUGGUAAGAUCCCAAAUUUGACCUAGCCUGACUAGUUAAUUCCCAUCCCUAUCUCUGACAAGUGGCUGUCAGGCCUCACAACCAGAUCUCUUCCCCUAAAGCACACGUUCCUUGUAGGGACGGGAGCUCAUUGUUCACACUAUCUCUGGGCAGCUCUUAUAAUCAGAAGUUUUAAGCUUAAAUCUAACUCCUAGGAAUUCUUCUUCCUUUUGUCACUCAGUUUGUACUAGCUCUGCUGUCAGAGAUCUCACAAAGUCUGAUUCCUCGGUCCCAUGACACCCUGAGGUGACUUGAGAACAGAAGUCAUGACCCCUGGGAUCUGCCCUUUCUCUACAUCAAAUAGUUCUACUUCCUUCUGCCAGUGUCCAUAGGAUCUUCUCCCCAUCCUGCCCUUUCUUCCAACCCAUCUUUCAAUGACUCCUGAGUAGUCCAACUGGGAAAUGUCGUUCAAAGCAGAAUAAAUUUAAGGGGGGGAAGGAAUGACCCUGAAACAAAUUGAGAAAAGUAAAAGCAGAUGUUUGAAUCCCAACCUCAUAUAUUCUCCUCGGAGUGAAACUUUAGUGUUUACCAAAAAUCGGAUGUGAAACCACUCCUGGAGGUAGCUGCUUAAUUAAAUACCUGAAGAAAAGAAAAAAUACGUGAAACCCUCUGACUCUAGAAACAAACUGAAUGGGUUAAUUCAUGAUACUAGCUUGUUUGUAGACACUGCACAUGUUUGGUUUUUAGCUGAAACAAUGACAUGGAACUAAGUGAUGAUUUCUGAAAAUCUUUUCUCCCAACCCUGGCCUGAACCCGGUUUCCCCCUGCUCUAACAUGCCGCCUCAAAAGUCAGUGGGGGUGAGGGAGGGAGUUUCUUCCAAGUUUUCUCUCCAUUUCAGAUGCAGCUCAUUGUCCUAGGAAAGUGCAUUAACUAGCAACAGGUCCAAGGACUACAUUUAAGGGCCCUCCAGAGUCGGCCCUAUGGAAAAGUUGGUUUUUCUGACACAGUGCCGAGGACGGAACUUUGGUCUUGGAAUCAGGAGACCUGGAUUCUGCCCUUAAAUCAAGUGUGACGCCAGACCAGAGAUACUCCUCUUCUCUGAGUCUUGAUUUCCCACCUACAAAAUGAGGGGGAUUAUUUGGAUAAUCUUUAACAUAGCUUCUGGCACUAAUAACUCUGUGACUCUUUUUCACCUUCAUCAUUUCAGUUGAUUUGCAACAUAAACCCAAGGAAUGAAGAUCAUCACCCCAAUGUCAUUGUAGCUAACCCUGAUGUCAUUGUUCCCAGCACUUUACGUGUAUUAACUCAUUUUGCUUCCCAACACUUUUGUGAGGGAGGAACUAUAACCAACCUCUUUUAAACAUGAGGAAAUUAAGGUAUAAAGAGAUUCUCUAGCUUGCCUAAAGUCAUCGAAUGAGUAAAUGAUAGAAAAUGAGUUCAAACCCAGGUAGUAGGCUCCAAGGUUUAUGCUCUUCGCCACACUCUAUACCGCAUUUCUUAUAAACUAUGAUCCAAAGAAGUUAAGGGAUUGGUCAAGAUCACACAGCUAGUAAAUGUUAGAUCUAUAUGAGGAUUCGAUUCCAAGGCCAUCAGAUUUCAAGCCUACUGGAGAAAAGAUAUGUCUCUAAUCUGUUAACAAACUUAUUCACACUACUCCGAACACUCUGCAAAGCAGAAUCAGUCUCUUAAGCAACCAGAUCCCCUGGGCCUGAGGAAAAGAUGCCUAGUGCUUCUUUAGCCCAAGCACUGGCUUUCCCUGUACCUGCCUCUGUCAGGCAAUUCUUUAUUUUUAGUUUGUAUUGAUUUUACAGAGAGAAAGGAAGAGAGAGAGAGAGAGAGAGAGAGAGAGAGAGAGAGAGAGAG